GGCCGAGGGUCGCGAUCAUCCGUAUUCGACACCUUGGCUUUAUAUAGUGGACGCCGCCCGAACGCGCCAAUCUUGGUAUGUGUAUCCCCUGUCUUAGUUCCUGCGCCCGCACAACCCGAUUCCCGAGAGAGCCUCACUACCGACGGUGUACUGAGCUCAGGAUUCGACGGCCUGUCAGUGGCUACCUUGCCCUCUUACCAGUGAAUCCUAUGCGCCUAGAGACGCACGCAUAUACACACUACACAACCGAAGCCGACAAUGUCAUUGGAUACCUCGAUCCCGGGUACUGGAGUCUUCUCGGUGGUACCCGCACCCAAGAAGCCCAAGCGGACUAGGGCGAGCGCAUCAAAGGUUAGGACCGGAUGUCUAACAUGCAAAGCCCGGCAUGUGAAAUGCGAUGAGGCGAAGCCUUCCUGCAAGCGGUGUAGCAAGGACAAACACAAGUGCGAUGGGUAUCCGACGUCACUUCCGAACAAACGCCCGAGCCCGGCAUCAUCAUGCUCAUCCCGUUCGACACCCCCAGUCCGGCGACGGAAUAUCAACUCAGUAAUGCAGCUAUCGCCACCUGUUGACUGGGACGUUUCCGGUACGACCCUCGAGAGGUUAAUGUUCCACCACGUGAACCGAUGUACUGUCCCGGAUUUCGGAACCGCAACACCGCUAGCCAAGCUAUGGAGCAACUACAUCCUACCGCUGGGAUACUACUCCGACUCUGUGAAGCACGCCAUCAUCGCACUCGGCGUAGCUCAUAGGGGAUUUCUGGAGAAUCCCUACUUCGAUGAAGAACCUUCCGAAUCCGCGUUAGCAUUCAACGAUCUAGCCGUCAGGCACUACCGAAAGGCUGUGUCGGAGACCAUACAGAUCAUGGCCGAUCCGUCACCCGUCAACAUUCGGAUCACGCUCAUCUGCUGCCUAGUAUUCGUAUGUUACGAGAUUGUGCGAGGCCAAUACGACAAGGCCAUCCAGCACCUCAAGGCCGGGUCCAAAGUUCUCGAGUCACUUCACCAAGCAGCGAUAUCUAAUCAACGUGACCCGUCGUCCGUAUCGGCCUACGACAGACAGCUAGCAGACACGGUCAAGAAGCACUUUGACCAGUUGUGCGACAUCACAAAUAUGUUCACUUGUGUAGGCAUGGACGCCUCCAUGCUUAUCGAAGACGAGGUUGUCCCCGAUCUAUCUUAUUUUACACAGCCAGAAUCUGAAGACGAGCGCAACACACCAUUCGAAAACGUAUCCGAAGCCCGGUACCGUCUGCACUUUGUCGAGUUGACGUUUUCAGACGCCUUUGACGAUAGCUGGUUCUGCGAAUACGAUAAUUGCUGGCACUCGAGCUCCUCUCCCUGCCAAGCACCGGAGCCUUCGCAAGAAGUGCAGGCCUUGCAGAAGGCGGCGUGGGAUGAGGCAGCGAGGCUUUUCGACGUUUGGUGCUGCCGUUUCGAUCUGCUACAGGAGACACUGCCAGACAAUCUAGAACCCGCGGACUUGAAUGAGUUGAAAGCUCUCCGCUUCUCUCGCAAGAGCUGGGAGAUUUUCAAUGCCCAAGAAGGACCGUGUGCCAUGAAGAACGGCAACAUGGCCGACCUGCACGGACUCGUUGAUAUGGCCGAGGAGAUUGUGGCCGGCAGAGACGGAUUUCCCCGGCCGACGUUUGCGCUCGCAGCAGACAUUGUGCCCUCUCUCUCGUACAUUUGCGCCUUCUGCGACAAUGUUGACUUUGAGCGGAGGAUCGUCGAUGUCCUCCGUGGUAUGAAGCGGAGGGAGGGCAUGUGGGACAGCAGGGAGCUGGCGAAUUUGUAUGAUCUCGUCAUUCAGGCCAAGACCGGCAACCAGUGGAAGGACGAAUACAACUGGGAGACACUCCCCAGCCUUGCGAGGAUGAUGGCAAAUAUGUCGUUGUCUGGUUCGGGGGAUCGAGCGGGGCCGCCUAGUCCUUUGACUUUGCUUUGAGAGUAUGGCAAUGACGGAAGCGUGGAGUUUUGGGUGAUACAA